UUAGCCUGUUUAAGCUACCAGCUUGCUAGACAGAUGUAAGCUAGCAGCGAUAAAUAUUAAACAAAGAAAAGCCUGGGAAAAGAGACUGUGUGGAAACGAGUUCAGAGUGACAGAGGGGUGAAAGGAGCGACUUUGACACGAAGCUUUAUGCGUUACUCGAUAUAUAUGGCAGAAUGAAAUUGAAAGAAUGGAACAUGAAGAUCGGGUCAUGGGGGAUCCUGUGAUAACUUAGAAAACUGCAUCGUUGUUCUGUCAAACAUUCAAGAGGAGUAAUUGGUACCCCAAAGCCAGUGAUGUCCCGGGUACCCACCCCUCCUCCUCCUGGGGAGAUGUCAAGUGGACCUGUGGCAGAGAGCUGGUGUUACACACAGGUCAAAGUUGUGAAGUUUUCCUACAUGUGGACCAUAAACAAUUUUAGCUUUUGCAGAGAAGAAAUGGGGGAGGUGCUAAAGAGCUCAACCUUCUCCUCUGGCCCAAAUGAUAAGAUGAAAUGGUGUCUGCGAGUCAAUCCAAAGGGACUUGAUGAUGAAAGCAAAGAUUAUUUGUCAUUGUAUUUACUUCUUGUUAGUUGUCCAAAAAGUGAAGUCAGAGCAAAGUUCAAGUUUUCUUUGUUGAAUGCUAAAAGAGAGGAGACAAAAGCGAUGGAAAGCCAAAGAGCAUAUAGAUUUGUCCAAGGCAAAGACUGGGGCUUCAAAAAAUUUAUAAGGCGAGAUUUCCUACUUGAUGAAGCCAAUGGACUCUUACCUGAUGAUAAGCUCACCCUGUUCUGUGAGGUAAGCGUUGUCCAGGACUCUGUUAACAUUUCAGGCCAGUCCAACAUGAACAUGCUGAAGGUACCAGAGUGUCAGCUGUCUGAUGACUUGGGGAACCUGUGGGAGUGUUCGCGCUUCACAGACUGCAGCCUCUAUGUGGGAGGGCAGGAGUUCAAAGCACACAAAUCUAUCCUUGCAGCAAGGUCUCCAGUCUUUAAUGCAAUGUUUGAACAUGAAAUGGAAGAGAGUAAAAAGAACCGUGUUGACAUCAGUGAUGUAGACCCCGAUGUCUUUAAGGAAAUGAUGGGCUUUAUAUAUACAGGAAAGGCCCCAAACCUGGAGAAGAUGGCAGACAAUUUGCUGGCAGCUGCAGAUAAAUACGCUCUGGAGCGUUUAAAGGUCAUGUGUGAAGAGGCCCUGUGCAACAGCCUUUCAGUGGAGAAUGUGGCAGACACCCUCAUCCUAGCAGACUUGCACAGUGCUGAGCAGCUCAAAGCACAAGCCAUAGAUUUUAUCAACAGGUGCAGUGUCCUGAGACAGCUGGGCUGUAAAGAUGGAAAGAACUGGAAUAGCAAUCAUGCUACAGACAUAAUGGAGACUGCAGGCUGGAAGUCAAUGAUCCAAUCCCAUCCUCACUUGGUAGCAGAGGCCUUCCGUGCCCUGGCUUCAGCACAAUGCCCACCCUUUGGACUUCCCAGGAAACGUCUAAAACAGUCCUGACUGCCUGACUGCACACCAGAGAUUUACUGGAGGUGUGAAGCAUGGGUUUACAAAGGAAGGACUAGUGUGGGUACCACUCUUAUUUCAACCAAAACUGAACACACUUGAAUAAUAAAGAGUGGGGCUUUCUGGCCAAGUGUUGGGAGGCUGGCAAUUGGACGACUGACAUCAGUGGAUUGGGAAAAAAUUGGUAAAAUUGGUGUUGCUUGCUUGCUUUGCUGCCCUGCCCUAACUGAAUUCUGGUCAGCCGGGUAGCAAGUCAAGCUAUCUGCUACUGUUUUUUUCCUAUAUUUUGAAAAUGGCCUUAAUAUAUCUGCCAUUGCUCUGGAGCUGCUCUAGAGUACUUUGUCUAUUUUACUCUGUGCCUACCUUGUCACAAAGACCAGGCCACCUCCAGGUUGCACUAGUUCCCAUGAAUAGACAUUUUGAUAUGGAGUUCUAUAGGAACAUAACAAAGGUUUAACUGAAUGGGAAAUAUUAUAUAUUUGUAAUGUUUAGCCCAUUUUGUGACUAGACAUUAAAAGCAUGAACACUUUCAGUGCAAGGUCAGUUCUUUACACUUUUUAAAAGAUGUGUAUGCCCCAUAUUGAUGGCACCAUUUCUAUGUAAAUGACAGUUGAACUAUCAGCAGAAGACCAGUGUACAAGAGAGUCUGUUCUAUUGCAUAUUUGUGGGGAAAAUUGUAUUCUGCCAUUAUAAAGACCCAGUGUCAAUCCUUAUAAUACAUGUAAGAAGGAAAGUGUCCACACUUUUACCCUAACAUAUAAAAAAAACAUUGGAAGUAUAUGGAAGUAUUUAGUCUCCCAUUUGAAUGACAUAUUCCAGAUCAUACGUCUGUGAACCGUUAUAGAUACAAUUUUGAGAACCUCUGUCCUUAGUAUUGCCAACUUUCUAAUAGUAUAUAUUCUCAAUAUAUUGUGGUUAACAAAAAGUGGAGAAGAGACUAAUGCAUGGUCAUGUUAUUGUCACUGAAAGUGUCCAAGUACAAAUUAUGUGUUUAACUUUUUUUUCUGCAAUUAUCUGACAUUUGUGCAGAAUUAAAUGAAUUGAGUAUGUGCAAAAUUCCUCUAACAUGCUUGGAUAUAUUUUUAGGAUGCUGAGCAUCACUUCCACUGGCAAUGUUAUUCCGUGUUUGACUGGGGGGUUGUCAUGUUAUUCAGUCUGUCUCGUAUGUAGUGUGGUGUGACCAACACUUCAGAGAAUUUUGUAAAUUAAAAAUGAAGUAGUAAUCAUUUUUACAUGAUAUUACUUAUCAUUCAGCGUGUUUGAAGCAAAAAAUGAAGUUGUUGUCUGCAAGAAUGCCUGCAUUAACCCAUUAAACCAUUUUCCAGCUGUCUGAAGCA